UUGUCAAAAAUGAUAAACUUUUUUAAAACAUUUAUUACAAUCAAUCAUUUAGUUUAAUUGUAUCGUUUAACACAAUUUAAAAAAAAAAAAACAAUGAAUUUAUCAAAAUUCAUGAUAGUGCCACUUUUUACUAUCAAGAUAUACGUUUCCGUUUUUACUUAAAAUGAUUUUAUAAAUUCAGAGUAUAGUUGUAAACAUGUCAGGCGGUGCAAGUAAUAAAAAACGAGUGUCUGGCAAGACUCAAGGCUGGGAAGAAGCCGGUGGUGAAUUUUAUUCCGAACGUUAUCCGACUGGUGACAUCGAGUUAGAUGUAUUUCAAAGAGAUCCAUCACACAUUGCAACUCUUUUACCGAGCAAACAAUCACGAUUUGCUACAACAAAACAUGGUACUAGAAAUACAGAUACUCGAACAAUGAGACGAAGAACUUCAACACGAUCUCGACAAUCAACUGCAAGGAGAACAUCAACUGUCAAUCAAGAUGUUCAUGUUUCUAUGAUGCCAGACUUAUCAGAAAAUUUAUCCAAUGAAGAACGAACAUGGGAAGAAAUAAUGCAGAUAAAAGCAAUGCCUAUACCUAUGUAUCAGAAAAAAGAAAUGAAAGCCAAACUUCAGAACGCAACAUAUUUGCGUUUACAAGGAUAUGAACAAUUCAAGUGGAAACAACGAAAAGUAUGGCAACAAUUAGAAUUACGAUGGAAUGAACUACUAACAAAAAUAGAACUAUGGAAAUAUAGUUUAAAGAAAAUCGAAGGUAAUUUUGGUACAGGCAUUGUAGCAUACUUCAUUUUCUUAAAAUGGUUAAUGUUUUUAAAUUUGUGUAAUUUUAUAAUGAUAUUUAUUUUUGUUAUAAUGCCAACACUAUUAUUCGAUAACGAGGAAAAUGCUAUUUGUGAUAUCGAAAAAGAUAACUCUUCAGUUCCAUGCUGUUCUGAUUUAUAUUUUAAUGGUUCAGUAAAUUUAAAACCAUUUAUUUAUGAUUUUAUACAAGGUACAGGGUGGAUUGAAUAUACACUCAUGUUCUAUGGUUAUUACACAAAUCAAAUUUACGGAGUACAUUCCGUAUCAACAUUAUUAUAUGAUUUACCCCUUGCGUACAUUUUAAUAACAGUUAUUUAUUUUGUGAUAAGUUUAAUCGCAAUCGUAAAAUCCGCUGCACGUGGAUUUAAAGAACGUUUAAUUGAAGGCGAAGGGCAAUUUUAUCGAUAUUGUAAUAUCGUAUUCGGUGGAUGGGAUUUUUGUAUACAUAAUGAGAAAAGCGCGAUUAUUAAACAUAAAGCAUUGUAUAAUGAGUUGAAAGGAAAUUUACAAGCUGAGAAAAUGGAAGAGGAACGACAAAGUCGUACACGCGAUGAAAAAACUCGACUAUUUUGUUUGCGUUUCACAAUUAAUUUAAUUGUUAUAUUUAUAUUAGGAAGUUGUAGUAUUUUAAUUUUUUUUGUAAUCGAAUUGUCUUGGGACAAAAUAUUAUCUGGAACAGAUUUAACCGAAAAUUUUCUGAAUGGAAAUUUAGAAAAUUUAAUUUUACAAUUUUUACCAUCAAUGUCGAUAGUUGCAUUAAAUAUAGUUAUUCCAAUAUUGUUUCGAUUUUUAAUAAAAUUUGAAAAAUAUACACCAGAAUAUGAAAUUCGUUUAUCGUUAGUACGUAUUGUAUUUUUACGAUUGAGUUCGUUAAGUGUGUUGAUGGCAACGAUUUACUAUUUAGUUUCAUGUCAAGAUAAUGAAAAUACGAAUGAAUGUACGAGUAAUGGUGAAAAAUGUAAAAGACCACUUUGUUGGGAAACGUAUGUGGGACAACAAAUUUAUAAACUGUUAAUCACUGAUUUUGCGAUACAUUUAUUAAAAACAUUCUUAAUAAAUUUCCCCCGUGCGUUGUUGGCUAAACAUAUUGAUAAUAAAUGUAUGAAAUUAAUUGGUACUCAAGAAUUUGAAUUAACAGGUCAUGUGUUGGAUGUGGUUUAUUCACAAACUCUAUGUUGGCUUGGUACUUUCUUUUGCCCUCUUUUGCCAGCUAUUGCUGCCAUAUGUUUCUUUUUUAUGUUUUAUAUAAAAAAAUUUGCAUGUCUUGUGAAUAGUACGCCAUCUUCUACAGUAUAUCGUGCAUCACGCUCUAAUUCACUAUUUAUGUUUGUCCUUCUAUUAUCAUUCGUGGUAACAGUGAUACCAGUUGGAUUCUCUAUUGCUGAAUUAACACCAUCAAAAUCGUGUGGUCCAUUCCGAGAAUAUGAAACAGUUUGGGAGCUGGUUAUAAAGACGUUUGGUAAAUUUCCAUUAUGGAUACAAAACAUAAUAUUUUUCUUUGGAACUGCCGGUUUUGCCAUUCCGUUAUUUAUAUUUUUAGUAUUAUGUUUAUAUUAUUAUUAUGCAGUAAAUUCAGCUAAUAAACACAUGGUGUUGGUGUUAAAGAAUCAGCUUGUUUUGGAGGGACAUGACAAACAAUUCUUACUGAACCGUUUGAGUGCAUUUAUUAAGCAACAACAGGAAUAUCAAAAGAAAUUACGUAAUGCCGAAAUGCAAAGGGAACGGGAACGUAUGAAUAAUUCGAGUAGUUAAAAUAUUUAUGCACCUCAUUUUGCUUUAAUCAUUUUAAUAAUUUUAAACUCGACUACAUGAUCUCAUUCAAUAAUUUUUUAUUCAAAUUAACAUACUUAUCUGACUUAAGUAGACUGGCCGUCGUUUCAUAUACAUUGAUCUUUUGGUAU